AUGCACUGGGGGGUUGGCUUUGCCUCGUCCAGGCCGUGCGUGGUGGAUCUGAGCUGGAACCAGAGCGUCUCCUUUUUCGGCUGGUGGGCCGGGUCCGAGGAACCCUUCUCCUUUUAUGGGGACAUCAUCGCUUUCCCUUUGCAGGAUUACGGUGGAAUCAUGGCAGGGCUGGGCUCCGAUUCCUGGUGGAAGAAAACCCUUUACUUGACUGGGGGAGCUUUGCUGGCCGCAGCUGCGUAUCUGCUCCACGAACUCCUGGUCAUUAGGAAACAGCAAGAGAUUGACUCCAAAGAUGCUAUUAUUUUGCAUCAAUUUGCAAGACCUAACAAUGGUGUCCCCAGUUUAUCCCCUUUCUGUUUGAAAAUGGAAACUUAUUUAAGGAUGGCUGAUUUACCUUAUCAGAACUAUUUUGGUGGAAAACUCUCUGCUCAAGGGAAAAUGCCUUGGAUUGAAUAUAGUAAUGAAAAAGUUUCUGGCACAGAAUUCAUAAUUGACUUCCUGGAAGAGAAACUUGGAGUGAAUUUAAACAAAAAUCUUGGUCCUCAGGAAAGAGCUGUCUCCAGAGCUGUGACCAAAAUGGUGGAGGAGCACUUCUACUGUGAUAAGAAGUACAUCAUGGGGCCCAAGGUUUCCACUCUCGAUGCCACCAUCUUUGGGCACUUGGCACAGGCAAUGUGGACCUUACCAGGGACAAGACCCGAGCGGCUGAUCGAAGGGGAGCUGAUCAACCUCGCCAUGUACUGUGAGAGGAUAAGGAGGAAAUUCUGGCCGGAGUGGCACCACGAUGAUGACAACACCGUCUACGAGUCCGAGGAGAGCAGCGAAGGCAGCAAAACCCACACCCCCCUGCUGGAUUUCAGCUUUUAUUCAAGGACAGAGACCUUUGAAGAUGAGGGAGCAGAGAACAGUUUUUCCCGAACCCCAGACACAGAUUUCACUGGACACUCGCUCUUUGAUUCUGAUGUGGACAUGGAUGACUGCACAGACCACGAACAGUGCAAGUGA